AUGGCCUGUGGUUGCCACAAACUAUAUGUGUUCUGGCGUUUAUUCUGGGCAGUCUACCAUUUUGCAUGGAUUAUCUUAACUGGAGUUUAUAGUUAUCAAUGGGCUGGCUAUGAUCCCAGUCAACAAGUCAAAUGGUUUAUUUAUUUGACAUACUGGGCAUAUUUUGUCUUAACUCUCUCUACAAUUAUUGAUGCUAUUUGUGUUGUAUAUAUAAGUAUCAAGAGAGAUGACAUACUUCAAGAUAUAUCCCCAAUUAUGCCAUGGUAUCUGAAAGUAGAUUGGGUGUUUUUCAAUGUAUCAAAUACUAUAAGUAUAUUGAUAUCUAUAAUGUAUUGGGGACUAAUUUAUACAGGUUCAGAAGAACUGACGUCCGUGAAUAUAGAAACACAUGCUUUGAACAUAGUAUAUAUUAUAAUUAACUUUUUCAUGACUGGAAUUCCGGUGCGUUUCUAUCAUUUCCUUCAUCCUAUAGUUUUUGGUAUUAUAUACAUAGUGUUUUCUGUCAUAUACGAAGCAUCGGGAGGAACAAAUCAUCAAAACAAAACCCAUAUUUAUUCCGUCCUAGAUUGGAGCGACACGGUCCAUACAUCGAUGAUCGCACUUCUAAUUGUAUUCGUAGCCAUUCCCAUUUGUCAUUUUACAUUGUUUCUUCUCCAUCUUAUUAGACUUUUUAUGAACAAACAAUGCUGUUCAAGGCAUAAAAGAAGUUGUACAAUUGUCACUCCUGAACAUAAAUCAUUCGGUUUAGACAAUAACAUGGAACUAAACCACAAUAAUGAGGUCAAAGUAAAUGUUUAUACAAACGGGGAAGGCAACAAUACGGAACAUUUGACUUCGAAUAAUCAGUCCCAAACUCUUGUUGAUUCAAAUUAUCAGACUAUGAUAGAUGAUUCUUUAAAAACGGAUAUAGUUUCUAUGAGAACGUGGGAUGAAGAAUCCUUUGACACCUUUGACACAGAGGAUGAAACUGAAAAUGAAGAGGAAGAUGAAACAGAUAAGGGAGGUGGAACAGAUGAGACACGUGAUACCAAAAUUAAUUGUGAAAUUCCCAAAAAAGAGACGAUCAUUGAAACUGAGGAUUUGCUUGAAAGAGAAACUUGUGAUGACAUACUUCACAUAAGAGAAACUUGUGAUGACGUACUUCACAUAAGAGAAAAUUGUAAUGUCGUUCCUCACAUAAGAGAAACUUGUGAUGACGUACUUUGUAUAAAAGAAACUUCUAAUGACAAACUUCCCAUAAUUGAUAACAAAAAAGGUGGAGAAGAAAUUGUUGACGAAGAAAAUAACAUAAGAACGGAUGUACAUAUUUGCUGAAUUAUUUUUAUAAUUAAAUUGUCUAUUGUGGUUUAUAUUAAGUGUUUACUUCUUCUGGAAAAUUAGUUUAUACGUUGCAAUUUAUGAGGCAUAUAAUUACAACGAAAUAAAAAGAACAUAAUAUUAUCCUCGUAUUAUGGGUUUUCGUGCGAUUAAGAAUGCAUUGUGACGUCACAAUUUUCAUUGAAAAACCUUGCAUAGUACGAAUUCAUAUGACGUACGAAAACAUAUGAUCUGACCAUUAUUGACACAUAUGACAACAACAACAGAUCAUAUAACAAGUUUUGCAGCAUAAAAUUGGAAUAUGACAAUUCAUUUUUUCAGGAAGAAGAUAUAGAUAUAAAAAAGGAAGACGUUUUGUCUUAAUGUUUACUGUAAUGGCAAUCUUUUACUCUCCAUUUGUUAGUUGGUUAAGAAAAUUUUAUAUUCGA